AUGUCCUUUCUGCUGAAGCUGCUCGUGCUGAUGUCGUCGCUCUGUCGUCGCUCAGAACAAGCUGGUGUGACGUUGAGUCCUGACAGUUCUCAGGUAUUCGAUGGACAGUCUUUCUCUCUGAGCUGUGAGGACAACAGUGACUCGGCUGGAUGGACGGUGAGGAGAAACACGUCCACAGACACCAGGGCUCCGUGUGAAGACUGGGGAAUCCACGGGGCUUCCACCUGUGGAAUCGAUUAUGCCCUCGCCCUAGAUACUGGAGUUUACUGGUGUGAGUCCGGAGAGGGAGGAGCCAACAGCUGCAUCAACAUCACUGUGACAAAUCGGUCAGUGAUCCUGCUGAGCCCCGCCCUCCCUGUGGUGGAAGGACGUGAUGUCACUCUACGAUGUCAAACCAAAACCUCGUCCAACCGAGAGGCAACGUUCUACAAAAACGGCUUCAACGUCAGUACCGAGCAAACGGGUCACAUGACCAUCCACAACAUCCCCAAGUCUGACGAAGGCGCCUACAAGUGUAGCAUCGUCGGUGAAGGAGAGUCUGAGACCAGCUGGAUCACAGUGUCUCCGUCCACCACACGUCCUCCAACACUCUUCAUCAUUCCUGCUUCCAUGUCAGUCGGUGGUUUGGUUCUGCUGGUUCUGCUGGUUCUGCUGGUGAGACCAUGUGUUCGGAGGAAACCCGUGGGGUGUGAUGCGGCCCCGGUGAGAAGCAGAAGAGCAGACGUCCGGCGUGAAACAAACAGAAUGACAGCGCGAGAGCGAGUCACAGACGACGUGGAGGACGUGAGUUAUGGACAAAUAAUCAUCAGAGCAAACCUCAGGACAGAGCAUCGACCUGAGCCAGAGAUCGUCUACUCGUCACUGAAGAUCAACCACUGACUGCAGACUGCAGUCA